AUGGAGUCUGGACCGAGUGGAGUCAAGAUUCCAGUAUGGAAUGGCGAGGCUUCGACACGAGAGAGUUUUGAAGAAAAGGUGAAGCUGUGGGACCUCGGCACCAAGAAGGAGGACAGAGUCUAUCUGGGCCCGCGGCUAGUGCAGGCAAUGGACGAGGACUCCCAGCAGUGGCACGAGGCCAAGAAGGUGUUGUUGGACGACUUAGUCAAGGAAGACGGUGCCGAGAGAGUCGUGAACGCUCUGAAGGGCGUUCGAGGUACCGUGACCAUGCAGGAGGCGGUGUCGAAGUGGAGAGAGUUCAUGAGAGGCAUCUACAGGAACACGGGUGAGGGACCGAAGAAGUGGGUCUCUAGGUUCGACAUCCAUCUCAGCAAGAUCGGCAAGGCCCUCCACGCGGUGUGCAAUGACAUACCAGCGACGGGUUUCAUGCACGAAUUCAUCCUGGGGCUGAUCUUGCUGGACGGUACAGGUCUGGAUCCAUCAGAGCAAGCAGCGGUCCUGGCGACAUCGGGUCCGAAGGGCAACUCGUACAUGUACCAGGACGUGAAGAAGGAUCCGGAGCAGAUAGGUGAGCUGACCGCGUACGCGGAGGAGAUCUACGACGAGGCUUACCAGGGCGGCUUCGGAGAGGCCACCGACCUGACGGAAACGGCGAUGGCAGCCGCCGAGGAGCUCGUGACGGCGACGAUCGGGGAUCCCUCGAUCGCGGAGGAGACUCUUGGACAGGACGAAAGUCUAGCGGCGGCAGUCCUUCCCGGAGAAGAACGAGCUGACGAGUGGACGGAGACGGCAUACGCCGCUUCUCGCGCGUUCCUGGAGGCUCGGAAGCUCAUCAACGAGGUGAAGAACGCGAGGGGCUACUUCCCAGUGGUCGCUGAUCGGAGAAGGGCGUUCAACAGCUUCGUGGGUGCUCUGGAGCACAUCGUGGAGUUCGACAACUUCGUAGGCACGUGCACCGAGGAGCAGAUCCGAGCGAAGGAUGACGGCCACUUCGAGGACGGCACGUUCAUCGGAUUCAGCCUUGACGAGUGCAAGGGCUAUGCACUUCUGGACGGCGGAGCGUCCAGGUCCGUAGGCGGUGCUGGGCAGCUGGAGUACCUGAACGAGCCUUUGCAGCACCCGAUGGAGGUGGACCCAGGGGCGGGCCUGGGCGUCUCGUUCGCUGGUGGCGACUGGGCUGACGCUCCCUCGAAGGUCUCAUUUCAGGUCCGCAACCUCGACAACCAGACAGUCGAGAUCUACGUGCUAGACCGUCCGUCCCCCAUUCUACUGGGAGUCGACAUGCUGAAGAAGUUUGGGCUAGUGAUCGACUACGAGCGGAACACUGUGUACUCCCGGAGGCUCAAGAAGGAGAUUCCCACGAGGGUGCUGGCGUCUGGCCACCUUGCCUUGGACUUGACGGCGCUGAGCGACGCUGGCUCGGGGACGAACGCACACGUGGAUCAGAUCGAUUGCAGGGAUUGCGGAGAGAUCCUGUUCAAGUACAUCUUUGCGAAGCCGCAGGACGAGCAGCUCAGCCUCUGCAUCAAGUCGCGCGAGCACUUCCAGCGGUUGGAGGCGACGGGGCACGCUCAACCACGAGCUCGUCCCUCUUGCAACCCAGACAUGAACUACACGGACAGCACCUCAGAGAGCGAGCCGACUCCCACGCGAAGCACUCCACAGCCUACGUCAAGACGCCCGCUGCCGAGCAGACUUUCGUCGGAGGUCAUCAGGACGCUCUCGGACACAGAGGUGCAGAUGAUCAUCGAGAACGAGAGGAACGCGAUUCGACAGGAGGAGCAGACGCGCCUGGCCAAGGAGAUCAUCGAGAAGGGUCUCAUUCAGACUUCAGCAUCGUCAAAACUGGACGUCAAGAUCAAGGUGGAGGAGAUGAUCGAUCCGCCGAGGGCAAUGAAGCGGCAAAGCGUUCCAGAACCGAUGGUCAGCAAGAGUGCCUACGGAAUUCCGGUGCCCAAGAGCCCUCUGCAAAACCUGAACCCCGUGACCGAAGAAGCGCAGAAGAAGCUGAUCAAAACGCGAAAGAUCCAGCGCAACAUGGUGUGGGCGAUCACACAACUUCGAGAGGCUGGAUUCUGUGACAUCUACCUGGAGCAGACAGGGAGAUGCAGAUCGUGGACAGGCAACUUCAAGAGCCUCAAGCAGGAGCUGCAUGGAUGCACCAUCCACGGGUGCAUGUACGAAAUGCGCGAUGAGAAGGAAGACGUACUGCUAAACAAGGAAUGGUACAUAGCGACGACGGAUGAGAUGUUCGAGAAGGAGGUUGGACGUCGAUGUCAAGAUCUACAUGUUCAUCUACCGAUCGAAGGAGGGACACGUGUGGCGCUGGCGGCGAACUAUCCCGUGAACAUGUGCAAGAAGAUAGCGAAGCACUUCAUGAAGAAGAUAACGUCCGACGAAGCCCUCUCGUAUCUGGUCAAGGAAGUCAACGCGAAAGACGACGGGGUGACGGGCAGCAAGGACAACCCAAACGACCCACUCUCGAACCAGCCGCAGCACCCACAGAAGGGGAAGGAGAACCGGAACCUCAGGAACCAGCAGCAAGUGACGGACUACCUGAAGAUCAACGCUGGCUGGGACAUGGAGGCCAUCAUCGCGCACCUCCACCGCAACUUUGGACACUGCAGCUUGACGACAGUGGAGGCCGCUCUCAAGACUCGGCAGGCCGACAAGAAGCUGGUCGAUCUGUGCAAGCACUACGAAUGCACCCUGUGUGCAGACUACGGAAGUCGCUUCACUGCAUGCCACGUCCUCAGCAAGGAGGAAAUGGAUAAGAACUGCGGCAACACCACAGCUAAGGAGAUGAAGGAGACGGUCCUGAAGAGCUGGAUCCAGCACUACGGCAAACCAGAAGUUCUGAGGUGCAUAGAGACGAUCAAGGAGAUUGCGACUCGGAUGGCCUGGGAAGUUCCAGACGAUAUCGAGCCGCAGGAGAUCUUCACGUGGGCAUGCACCGCUAACAACGACCUGAUGAGGCACAACGGCUACAGUCCACUUAUGCUCCUCAUGGGUCGCUCUCCGGCUGGACAUGGUCUACAAGAUGAGGAGAAUCCUUCCACUCUCAGCGCAGAGGUGAAGGAGGAGCAAUUUCAGAAGCUCGUGCUGAACAAGCGGACCGCGUAUAAAGCGUGUGUAGAACACUACCUGUCCGAGAAGACGAAGAGAGCGCUGCUAGCCAAGACGCGACCGUUUAAGGUCUGGGAGCCUGGCGAAAAGGCACACUACUGGAGGAGCGCCAAAGGUAACAGCCACAAGACGAAGCAGGGCAUGUCUGGACGUUUCCAUGGUCCAGCUACGGUGCUGAUGCAAGAGCGCGAGGUCAAGAACGGAGUAGCAGAACGUCGCGGAGUCGUCUGGCUUGUGGAUGGUGAUCGACUGGUGCGAGCGGCAGCGGCCCACCUGCGCACCGUCACGAAGGCGGAGCAGACGCUAGAGAGUAUUUCGGCAGGCAGCUCAGACAAGUUCCAGAAGCUCGUGCGUGACCUCACGAAGGGCUCGUUCGACGACCUAGUGAAGAUGGACCGGGAGGAGAUCAACACCGAGAACCACCUCGCGACCAGGGAGAUCACCUCUUCUCUGAGGCAGGUGACGAUCAUGGACUGGAUCACGAAGAAGAAGAUCUACCAGGAGAACCAGCAGGAGUUCCCGAAGAGCCAGCGGGAAGCGAGUGUUGAACCUCCUGAUGACAGAGACUUGAAGAGACAUCGCGCCGACUUCGUGACCUACAUGGAGACUCUGAAGAUGAAGGCGCCGGAUAUCUACAUGGCCGAUCUGGGACGCACAGAUCCUGAAGAAGAAGUCUCUCCGGAAUGGAAGUCACCCUGGGAGUACUCACUGAAGGCGAAGCAGGAAGACCUCGUCGGAUAUUCCACGGAGGAUAAAGCAGGGCUCGCAGUACUGGUGGGCUUCACGAUAGACGAGGAGGACCUGGACCAGGUGGAGAAGAAUCCUGAGAGAAUGCUGGCAGCCUUGGUGAAGCAGAACAAGGUUGAAGUCAAGCUGAAGGACCUCGCACCGGAGGAGAGGAAGCCGCUGCCGUUCGCCAAGGAGAACGAGAUCAAGUCGUUCUUGAAGUAUCGAGUAUGUGAAGCGGCCAGUCGUGCUGGUGUACAUCCCGGAGCGUUAAUGAAGAUGCGCUGGGUCAUCACCAAGAAGGAGACGGGCGACCUCAAGGCACGCCUGGUGGUUCUUGGCUACACCGAUCCGAGCCUGG